GAAAUGACUUGCUGAUGGUCUGUCGCCAACUGAAUAUGGAAGAAUCUGUGGCUGAGAUCAUGGACCAGUUGGGUGCAGAUGAAAAUGGGAAGAUUUCCUUUCAGGAUUUUACAAGGUGUCAUAUGCAGCUAGUCCAAGAAAUUAGGAAGGAAGAAGUAGACCUCUCCGUGAAGUCAGACAACUCCUGGAAAAAGAAGAAGCUGAGAGACAGAAUUGCUUCCUGGCCCACAAGCAGUGACAACAGUCUGGGUGCCUUAUCAGCAGCCAGAGAGAGCUGGGAAUAUGACUCUGGUGCCAGGGACCUCCAGAGCCCAGACUUGCAGACUCAGUCGGGCCUACAGAAGCUGCUGGAGUAUGCCGGAAGGCCUUUGCAUCAGCAAGCUGCUCUUCACAAACUGCUCAUACAGUCCCCACGUUUUGGCAACUCUGUAGGAGGACGCUACCUAGAGCUGGCCAACACACUCCAUCUGGCAGCCCUGGCAUCACUCAAAGGAGAUAUAGUGGAGCUCAAUAAACGUCUGCAGCAAACAGAGCGGGAACGGGACCUUCUAGAAAAGAAAUUGGCCAAGGCACAGUGUGAACAGUCCCACCUCAUGAGAGAACAUGAGGAUGUCCAAGAGCGAACGACGCUGCGGUAUGAGGAACGCAUCACAGAACUCCACAGCAUCAUUGCUGAGCUCAAUAAGAAGAUAGACCGAUUGCAAGGCACCACCAUCAGGGAGGAAGAUGAGUACUCCGAACUUCGAUCAGAGCUCAGCCAGAGCCAGCAUGAGGUCAAUGAGGAUUCCCGCAGCAUGGACCAAGACCAGACCUCUGUCUCCAUUCCCGAAAACCAGUCCACCAUGGUCACUGCGGAUAUGGAUAACUGCAGUGACCUGAACUCAGAACUGCAGAGAGUGCUGACUGGGCUGGAGAGUGUGGUCUGUGGCAGGAAGAAGAGUAGCUGCAGCCUGUCCGUGGCCGAGGUGGACAGGCACAUCGAGCAGCUCACCACGGCCAGCGAGCACUGCGACCUGGCUAUCAAGACAGUUGAAGAGAUUGAGGGAGUGCUCGGCCGGGACCUGUACCCCAACCUGGCUGAAGAGCGGUCUCGGUGGGAGAAGGAGCUGGCUGGGCUGAGGGAAGAGAACGAGAGCCUCACUGCCAUGCUGUGCAGCAAGGAGGAGGAGCUGAACCGGACCAAGGCUACCAUGAACGCCAUCCGGGAGGAGCGCGACCGUCUCCGGCGCAGGGUUCGAGAGCUUCAAACUCGACUGCAGAGUGUGCAGGCCACAGGUCCCUCUAGCCCUAGCCGCCUGACUCCUGCCAACCGCCCUGUUAACCCCAGCACCGGAGAGCUGAGCACCAGCAGCAGCAGCAAUGACAUUCCUAUUGCCAAGAUUGCCGAGAGGGUGAAGCUAUCAAAGACAAGGUCAGAAUCCUCAUCGUCUGAUCGGCCAGUCCUGGGCUCAGAAAUCAGUAGCAUCGGGGUGUCCAGCAGCGUGGCAGAACACCUGGCCCACUCCCUUCAGGACUGCUCCAAUAUCCAAGAGAUUUUCCAGACGCUCUACUCACAUGGAUCUGCCAUCUCGGAAAGCAAAAUUAGGGAGUUUGAGGUGGAAACGGAACGGUUGAACAGCCGUAUUGAACACCUGAAAUCCCAAAAUGACCUCCUGACCAUAACCCUGGAGGAAUGCAAAAGCAACGCAGAGAGGAUGAGCAUGCUCGUGGGGAAGUAUGAGUCCAACGCCACCGCGCUGAGGCUGGCCUUGCAGUACAGUGAGCAGUGCAUAGAGGCCUACGAACUCCUCCUGGCACUGGCUGAGAGCGAGCAGAGCCUCAUCCUGGGACAGUUCCGUGCUGCUGGAGUGGGCUCCUCCCCUGGAGACCAGUCAGGGGAUGAAAACAUCACCCAGAUGCUCAAGCGAGCCCAUGACUGCCGGAAGACGGCCGAGAAUGCUGCCAAGGCCCUGCUCAUGAAAUUGGAUGGCAGCUGUGGGGGAGCCUUCGCCGUGGCCGGCUGCAGCGUGCAGCCCUGGGAGAGCCUGUCCUCCAACAGCCACACCAGUACAACCAGCUCUACAGGCAGUAGCUGCGACACGGAGUUCACUAAGGAGGAUGAGCAGAGGCUGAAGGAUUAUAUCCAGCAGCUCAAGAAUGACAGGGCAGCCGUCAAACUGACCAUGCUGGAGCUGGAGAGCAUCCACAUCGAUCCGCUCAGCUACGAUGUCAAGCCCCGGGGUGACAGCCAGAGGCUGGACCUGGAGAAUGCUGUGCUGAUGCAGGAGCUGAUGGCCAUGAAGGAGGAGAUGGCGGAGCUGAAGGCGCAGCUGUACCUGCUGGAGAAGGAGAAGAAGGCCCUAGAGCUGAAGCUGAGCACGCGGGAGGCCCAGGAGCAGGCCUACCUGGUGCACAUCGAGCACCUCAAGUCUGAGGUGGAGGAGCAGAAAGAGCAGCAGAUGCGCUCCCUCAGCUCCACCAGCAGUGGCAGCAAAGACAAAGCUGGCAAGGAAUGUGCUGAUGCCACCUCCCCAGCUCUGUCCCUGGUGGAACUGAGGACGUCGUGCAGCGAGAGCGAGCUGGCCGCAGAGUUUGCUGGCGCCAUCCGCAGAGAAAAGAAGCUGAAGGCCAGAGUUCAAGAGCUUGUGAGUGCCUUGGAGAGACUCACCAAGAGCAGUGAAAUCCGACAUCAGCAAUCCGCAGAGUUUGUUAAUGAUCUAAAGCGUGCCAACAGCAACCUGGUGGCUGCAUAUGAAAAAGCAAAGAAAAAGCAUCAGAAUAAGCUGAAGAAGUUGGAGUCUCAGAUGAUGGCCAUGGUGGAAAGACAUGAGACCCAAGUGAGAAUGCUCAAACAAAGAAUAGCUCUGCUGGAGGAGGAGAACUCCAGGCCACACACCAAUGAAACUUCACUCUAAUCAGCGCUUAGGCACCAAAUUUCUGUCCCUGAAAGGAAACUCUAGCAGGCCCCUGAAAGAAGGGCCCCCAGAGGACCUGUUGGGAAGACAAAGGCUGGCACAACGGUCAGCGAUUGGACGGAGUGCCACAGACUCACUUUUCGUGGUGAGUGACCCCAGCAACCCUAUGGAUUCUACCCCCACAGGAUUCUGUCCCUGUUCUCCUGGGUCCAUUCUUGGGCAGUAUGUAAGCGAAGGCCCUGUGCACUGUGCUCUAGUGUCUUGCUUCUGCUUUCAGCAGUCACUGUUUCCCCUUCUCUGUAUAUCAUUGGGAUCCAGUGCAUUUGUUUUUAUAAUUUACCAGUCUUUCAAUAUUCAGAUAGUGGGCUAAUCUGGAAUCUCAAAUUUCUUUCCUUCCUCUUCCUCCUAGGGAAAACUGAUGCACACAUCUUUGUUUCUAGCACCUAGGACUGCUCAUUUGCUUGCUCCAACAAGAAUCUGGUUUUCAAGCCCCACAUUGUCAACUCUAGAGGAUCUCUACCUCUAAAGUUUGCCACUGCCCUAGGAUGGUACUUACAGUGCCAUCAGUUAGAAGUAGUCACCAGAGAUGUGUUGGAGCCAUCCUGUAUUGCAAGAGUAGAGAUGUCCUUCAACCUUACAUUUUAGAAGCAAGGCUGGGAAGGGAGCUUUCUUGAUUCUAACAUUUUUCCUUCUCAAUGGACUAUUAAUAGCGCUAAGACUUAAAGGGCCAGGGGUUCGGUGGCCUGCCUUGCAAGCUCAAGGACCAAGUUCAAUCCCCAGUACCGGGGGGUGGGGGGGAGCUAAGACUUAAGAGCUGAGAAUCAUGACACAUGUAAUUCUAUUAGGGUUUCGGAACAGAGCAGCAGUAUUAGCACUUGCCCCAGCUGUGUGGCACUACGUAAUUGCUGUUCUGCUGGAUCAAAACUCAUUCUAAGUACAACUGUAGCACCCACGCUCCUUCCGUCUUCCCCUCCCUCUCCUCUCAAGGGCAAGAAAGUGUGCACUGGAACAGGAGAUGCUGAAUAUUUUGCAUAGCUGUUCCCACCUACUUAAGUACUAGUGAGCCUCCAUUUGGGCACUGAGCACCUAUUCCAUGAAGAAAGGGAAAGGGUGCAGUUACAAGGCUUUUUUCUCUCAAGAUACAUGGUGAUGAUUUGAUAAUCUGCUUAAAAGGUUUUAUUUCCAGCAAAAUGCUAACAGGGCUGGGCAGGAGCUAAGUACCUGAAUUUGUUCUUGGAAGUCUUCCACUUUAAACUGUCAUUUCUUCUCUACUACAGCCUUCACCCCUUUUUACCCUUCUUUCAGUUCUACGCUGAUGAGAUUACAAGAUCAUUUUUUUCCCUGUAGCCCCAAGACUUCCCAAGUCCCGAGUGAGAAAUAGGUUCUGAUGUCACAGUUAACUACAGUUCUAUUAUAACCAGGUCACUGCAGGAAAAUCUUCCUGUCCAUGAGCUGUCAGUACAAGUUGGUCUUUUUUUGUUUUGUUUUGUUUUUUGUACCAGGGAUCGAACUCAGGUCCUUGUGCUUGCAAGGCAGGCUGUAGAACCACUGAGCUAAAUCCCCCGCCCAUAUUUUUAGAGAGCAGAAGAUGAUGUGCAACAGGGAAGAGAAUUCCAGCCACCACCUAGAACACAGUUCAUCCCUAAAAGCAACACCCCUUCUCUCAGGCCAGCAGUAACAAUCAUCUCAAAAGUGAAAGGGAAAAAAACAAAACAAAACAAAAAACUAUGAGACUGUAAGGACCAAUGUUUGGAUGCUUUAAUUACUGUUUCUAUUCUUAUUUAGACAAAAUUCUAAUAAGUCACUUUUUAAAAAGUGCAUCUUCACCCUUCGGAUAAAGCUGUUAUUUUGUCAAGAGGAACAUGUUUUAGCUGUAAAGUAUAUGCAAAAAAAAUAUGUUUAAUAGAUGAAAUUGGCUUUCAUUACUCUUCACCUUGUCCUAGGCAAAUUGGAAUGCACAUGGUUUUUUGUUCUUGUAAAUGAACAGACAUCAAUCAAAUGGGUAUUUUCCAUUUCCACCAAUACUAGAAAGUAUGGCUGCCCACUGACCUCUGCUGCUGGUAAAAUCAAAGAACCCACUGUUUUAAGCCUUGUACUUUCUCCAGAUAGAAAGGGCCUCAGCUCUUCUACUAUGGCCCUAGCAGUGUUCAUCCUUCCAGGCCUUACGUGUCAGUGUAGCUCAACAUAAUACUUUGUGUGGUGAGAGGUAAGAAAACGUAUCCCAGGCAAACAUGUUACUUUUAUUAGUAUGUAUUAUAAAAAGCUAUAGUUGAUUUCGCGACAAUCUUUGUUAAAAGGUGACUGAAUUGCAUUGAUUAAAUGGUGUCAGAUGCCUGUGUAAUUUUCUCUUGUAUAACUGUUCUACCAGAAUCUCUCUAGGAGCUUAUUUCCAUUAACAUCUCAUUUGGGGAGGUAAACAGUGAUCUUGAUUUUUAAUUCAAAAUUUAGUAUUUUCAGUUGUCUUCUCUAGAUUCUUUAGUAGUUGCCCCUUGUUUAUCUCCUCUGUUCAGUCUUUGGCUCCUGAAGAAAUGUGCAUAGAGCAACGGGAUGUUUCACAGCUCCCUGGGAAUAUAUUUCCCAUCACUGAAUUGAGGCUAAGGAAAGCAAGGAUGGCAGAAAAAUAGGAGCCUUCCGUUCACAGCUGGAGUGCCAUUCAUGUGUGAGCCUACCAGCUGGAUCUGAUACACUGGCCAGCCCAUGUGUAUCAGCUGCCAAAACUGCCAUAAACUCACAGGCAGCAAAAUUCCGUUUUGAGGCUUACCUCAAAGAUUAUUGUUAAAGACGUCAUCAGACAGUUGAGAUUUAUCAUACUCUCUGUCAUGCUCUACGCCUUGAUGUACAUUGUUUCAUUGCUGAUGGAGGUUAUUUUCAUAUUUACUCAUUUGUUGGCAGAUCAAGUUGAAGUUAAUAUUCCUGUUGCCUGAGACUGAAAUGUUAGGUCAAUAAAGUUACAGUCCAGUUAAACAUCAGUGCUUAAUUCUCCUUUCAGAUGCACGCAGUACUUCUAAGUCUUCCCCUGAGCCUGCAGCAAAUACAGGGAACUCAGAAAACUAAAUUAGUCUUUACGUCCCGUUGUAGAAAGGCAGUCCCAAGUUAAGAGCCCAAAGGCUUUUUCCUAAAAGCUGUCACAGUGAGGGUAGUAAGAAUUCUGCCACCCUGUGGAAAUUCUGAAACUAUAUCAAAAGCCUUCUAGUUCCCAGCUGUAUACAGAUACUAUCUUAAAUGGGAAAAAACUGCUCAGUAUUUACCUGGACAAGACUGGGCUGCCACCUUUGUCACUGAUGUGGAUUGAAGUGGCUGCCAGUUUCCUUCUAAAGAUUAUUUCCUAUGGCGUACAAAAAAUUAUACUGCAAUUAUUUUUAGUUGUCAGUUUCCUUAAAACGCUCAAGUUUGCAGUAUCAUUCUCAUGUUUUAUAUGAUGAGAAAGGCAUCAAGUUACAAUUUUAUUAAUGACAAUGGAAAGUGUCCUUUCCCCCAUAAAGCUUGAAGUCACCUACAGAUGCGUAAUUGGGAGUACAUCAUUCAUUCUAGAGACAUUUUAAGUGAAGAAUUCAGGCUCAGCAUACAGCUUUCAGCUACUUCUGCAUGCAGCAACUAGAGCUAUAAUUCGAAAGCACCGAGAACCCGAACAGUGAGAGAAUUCUGUGAUAGCCAGAACGUCUGCACCACACUUACAGUGCAGCCAAAGGUUUUUGGGAUGGGUGGGUAGCAAGAGCAUAUGUAACAUUUUUGGUUUUUUGCAGUAAAUGAUAACUUUGUAGAAUACUAUAAACGUUCAGAUUCCUCUGAAUUAUUUUUCUAUUUAUCUAAACAGAACAGCUUAUUUUGACCAGGAAUGAUAUAAUCACCGCCUUUCUUUGAUUAAGGCUUGCAAACUCUGGAGUUUGUAGAAUAGGUGGAACUUGCAACAAAAUAAAAAUACCUUCAUUACAUAAAGUUGUUUUGUAUAUCCAUAAUUGAACCUCGUGUUUACUUUAUAAGUCAGGCUGAAGUUUGCUCUCAACUGUAGCCUUCUGAAGUGCCCUGUUUUCUGCACAGAAGUUACUCUCUGUAUUCACUGAGAUGCCUCUGCUUCAAAGUAACUUUAGAAUUGGAACCUGAAUUAUCAGUUAAUAUAAAGCCAGCUGUUGUCACCGCAGCAUCACUGAGCACUCAGUUGCUAUUAAAAUAUAAAAAGUGGAAAGGGGUACAAAAGUGUACAGUGAUUCAUGUAUUCUUGUUUGCUGAUGUGCCCACAGAGGAAGAUAGUUUCAUAUGCAGACAACUGUUACAUUUUUUGGUUUUGUUUUACUUAACCCUAACACAUUACUUCAGAGAGGGAGUUUUCAGAAGACAAGUACCAUUCAGUCCCAGAAACAGCAGUUUGCCAUUGAUAACCAUACCCUUGACUAGUAGUAUUUCAUCUUUUCAUAGCCAUUCAUUAAUCAUCUGAAAUACCAGCUCAGCAGAACAGUGCAACUUAAAUCAGUAAUCCCCCACAUUCCCACUGAUGCCCUGCUUAAAUAGUUCUUGCUCUACCGUUUGCUUUUGCACUUUCUCCAGACGAAUUUGUGGGAACAAGUUCUGUUGGAAGAACUUGCAGUAUUCACUUACAGUGUUCAUGUCAGAACUGCCAAGUGUAAUUGACAGCCCCUAACAAUCUGCUUUUAUUUCAACCUAAUUUUAAAGAUCAUGAAACAUGUUCACUUUAUUUCUAAUCAGUUUUUAGCUUUUCAAGACUUAUUUACUUUGCAUGAGAUUUGUUUCCUAUUUGAAAUUGUGCUACUUUUAUACCACUUGAAUCACUAGAAAAACCUGCUUGAAUGUACUGUCAGUUAUUAAAGCACAUGUGUCUGCAUUUGCAUUUGUCAGUAUUGUUCUGCUGUUUGUACUGAAAGUCUCAUUUUAAAGUUGCUACUUAACACUGUACUAUAUCUUGUAUUUUGGAUUCUUCACUUAUAUGCUUUAAAUGUUCCCAGAUGCCUUUAGUUUUAGCUGCUGUAAAAUAGCUACUUUGUGUUAUUUGAUAUAGAAUUGUUUUUUUAAAAAAACUUCACUUAUUUAUACAGAGACAUUUAUAAUAUUUUACAAA